AUGUGGAAAAAUUCAGAAAAAACAGAAAGGAAUUCAUUAUCCGAUGAUAAUUUACAAGAUCAAGCACUUCCGCUUCCAAUACAAAUUUUUUUAUGGCGUCAAAUCAGUCCUUUUAUAAGGCCGAAAUUAGGAAAAUUACACGAAGCAUCAUGCAUGUCAUUUGAAAAAAUUUUAGUACAAAAUAUUCAAUAUGGUUUAUCUCCCAGUUUGACGGAUGCUGUGUCUUCUGUACCGAGAUGGAGGCUCAUUCAAGCAGCUUUUCCACAUGUCAUGCAUUGCACGGCAACUCUACUACAAAAUCGCAAAGAUACAAACAUGCAAAAUUUAGGAGCAACCGAAUCUAAAAUGUUAUACACUUUACAUUGGAUUCUGUUGACUGCUGCCGAAGAAUGUGCUGAUGCCGAUCACGAAAAUGGUAUUUUUCAAUCUUCCCCGUUUUAUUAUUUAUUUUCGAUACCUGCGAUUACGUUAUUCAUUUAUUUAUUUGCUCCGAUUUAUCAUCAUUUAAAAGAAUCUGAUUUUCAAACUUAUCGAUUAGAAAACGGAUUAAAAAUGUGGCAGGCACUUUGGGAUUAUAAACAUCCGGAUAUACCUUGUUUUACGGCUCACGUAAAACCAAAACCUAGAAUGUUAUCAAAUAAAUCAAUGAAAGGAAAUCAUUUUCAAUUUGGUGAUGUUUUUAUGGGAAGACAACAGAGCACGGAUGAUGGUCUCAUCUACGGCGAAAGUCCACAAAGUCAAAGUGCGAGCGCUUCUUUUUCUUCCGAACAAUUUUCUGGAACUCCAGCACAAAUUCACGUUCGCGUGGAACCUAUAAAAAUAACAGAAGAAGAGGGUAAUUGGGUUUCUUCUCCAAAAGAUACCGUUUUUCCGGAAACAAUACCAGAAGAAAGUUCUAGCACGGAAGAAGAACACGUGGCCGAUCCGAGUAUAUUUCAUUUAUCAAUGAGUAAAAGUGUCAGUUCGAAAUCAGCUCUGAUGAUUGAACAAGUAACUGCUCUUUCCGGUUCCGAUAUAAAACAAGGAAAAAAUAAAAUCACGAUGCAAAAAAUGGGUUCAUCGACCGAUAAGGAGUCGGUAUCCAGCAAAGGUCAACAAGGUAGCCUAUCUAAACUUCAUAAUAACGUAUCAUUGCAUUAUUCUGACGUACACGCAGCCACCUUUCUAGAUGUUGCUGUCUUAAGAUGUUUAUUUAUAUCUCAGUGGCCUGAGGAGGGAGUUUAUUGGGCUUUGCAAUUUUAUUAUCAUAGGCUGAGAGAAAUAUCAGAAGAAACAAACAUUCAACAACUACCUAGAAAACGUAGCAAUUCAUUACCAAUUCCAAAAAUCGAAGUUUCUUUUUAUCAGAGUCCGGAAUUGAGAAAAAAAGAUACAAAUAAAGAUUUUAUAGAAGUGCCUGAAGUAAAAGAUGUUUCUCGAUUGGCAGAAUCACCUUAUUUUAAUUGGAAACAAGGAGAUGAUUCUGUUUCUCAUGCGAGAAGAGCAAGUGAAAAAUGUACAUCUAAAAAAAAAAUGAAAAUGGCGGAUUUAAGAGCUUUUGUUGAAACAAAAUUACUUUCAAAAUCUGAAAAAACUCUUGAAAAAAUCGGAUCCGAAGAACCCAAAGCAUUUUUGUUGCAGCAGGAUUACCAUCAUAGUUUAGACAUCGGAGAAGAUCAUUUAUCUCGUCCUUCUUCUGCUUUGGCAAAAAUUUUCGAACACAGGCCCGAUUUUAAACCUUUGGCUCUUGGAACGUUAGUGAAAGGGAAAAGUAUGCCCAGCCUCAGGUACAUAGGAGAUCACGAUAAACAUGGUAAAUCGGGAAAAAUUUUAGAGGGUCAUUCUCACACCAUAACCAAUCCAAUAAUUACCGUAACGGAACAUACUCCAACUCCAUCUCCAGAUUUUCUCAAACGUCAGUUAUCAGCUGAAAGUCAAACGGAUGAAAACAGUUUACAAAGCAGACAACAAAUAUUUUCACAAGAACGUAAACACAGUCUGACAAGAUCACAAACUGAUUCAAACAUAACUUAUGCUUGCGAUGAUUUUAUAGAAGCUCCUGGUGCUUCAUAUUAUGUGACAAAAGAAGGAGAUAUUGAUAUUCAAGUCGUACUUAAGGCAGUCCACUUUGCAGCUUUACGAGACAACAUGUGUUGCACCCUCAGAGUAUGCGAAGUUAUAUUUAACCUAUUAGAGUUAUUGAUAGACAUGGGAGUGUUAAAACAAAAUCCAAAUUUGAGCGAAUUAAGUAUUUUUGGUAAUAAAAAUAAUUUUGGAAAAACGGAUAAAGAAUCGUGUAACAGUUCGGAACAUGAAGAAAUAAGAGAAGAAAUAUCCGUUGUUAAAAAUCCGGAGGAAAAACAUUAUACUUCUCACGAAUUUAUACUCAAUACUGUUUUAAGCGUUUAUAAACAUCUUGGAUGUCCUCACGGUUGCGGUGACGGUCAAAGAGGUCCUCCAGCAGAUUUUUUAAGAUCUCAGGGACAAACAAUAUUAACAAAACUCCAGAGAUUCAAUUCGAAAAAAUUUACAAAAUUUUUAAGAAAUUACGUUCGUAAUCAGAGUCUAACGGAAAUAAUCGAAUUUUUUCAUUCUUAUGUUGGUUUCUGCGUCGAUCCGAGUUCUUUACUUUCCCCUCUAAAUCAGAAAAGAAGUUCAAGCAAAAGUCCAGAAGUAAUAACUCAAGGAUAUUCGACAAAUUUUGGUGCUGGUCUCAAAGGUGGAGGAUCACGUGGGGUAGAAGGACAAAUUAUGACGAGCGUGUUUAAAACUUUGGUUUCAAGAUUGGUUAAAUCGUUAAAGGAACUUAAAACUCAGGAAAAUAUGCCUUUAUACUGUGAUAUAAGACAACUUAUGACGUAUAUAAAAGAAGCUCACGGUGGAGUUUUCAGAAGGGUUGCUUUAAGCGGAUUAAUUGAUUCCGCGAGUAGAUUUAAUAAAAAACCAAAUAAUAUUCAAACUGCAAGAGUUUUAAGGCACGUUAGUCCAACCGAUGUUGAAGAUCAAACAGAUGGACCCGGAAGUUCAUUUUAUCUCGAUGAAAAGGGUCAAAAAAAAUUAAUAUUUAAAAAGAAAAGCACGUCGUCUGCAUGUGCAGGAGUUUUAGAAGCAGAAGGAUCUGAAGAAGGAUGUAAAAGUCAAAGUCCUUUGGGUAAUGCUAAAAAAAAACAUCAAGCGAUUCUUACUCCGAGGCAAAGUGAAAAAAAUUUGAGCAUUUCGGAAAUAAGUAAAACAUUGAAAGGAGAAAAAAAUACUAAAUUCAUACCGAAAAUAGGAAAUUUAGUGAGUUGGUUUAAAAAAGAACAUGGGAAAUCAGAAUCUGCAGACAGCCAUGAUGACAACGAAACAAUUCACGAUGGCGGCACUUUACCAAGAGAUCAAACGCUUCAUUAUAAUCUUAUGGGUAAAAGUUCAUCAAAAGGCAGUUCGGGGGAUCUUAAACAGGCUUUGCAAAAAACAAGAAAACGCGUCGAAGAUCAAUUGAAAAGAAAUUUCGGUUUUAGAAAAGGAAAAAGAAAAGAUGGAAGCAUUGAAGACACAUCGGGAGCCUACUUGAGCAGAAAAAGUUCUCUCGAUUAUGGUGAUUCUUCUCGAGAAGCUGAUUUUAUAAUUUUUCGAGAGCGAAAACUCGUCCCACUUCUUCCAGUACUCAAUGGUAUGAUGCGAUUUUCGUUUCUUCUCGAAACGUGUCAACCUGGUUCCGUACCUGAUCAGCAUUUAUUGGCUGCUAUUUUAGAUUUGCCUCAUGCGCCAAUCGUUGCAAAAGCUGCUUUUUUGUUGGAAUGUGCCUUUUUUGUACACAAUUGUAACAAAGGCCAGUGGCCGACAUGGAUGAAAUUAAACUUUCCAAUAUUUAGACCCUCGAUGCCUAAUCAAGCAAGAGUACCGACUUCAGGUAUGAGGCGCACACAUAUUCUUCAAAGAUCUUCAGGAAAAUUAUUUUACCAAUGGGCCGAGGCCGUAAGUGGAAGGUUGGAACAAAUGCUUCAAAAAGAUAGAUUACUCAUUCCUGAUGUGGUUUCAAUGGUUACCGAAGAAAGUCGUCAAAAAGAAUUAUUAAUUGAAGACGAAGAGGAAGAUUUCUUAGAUGAAGCCAGCGUCAAUUUAUACGGAAAUGAAUGUCCGAUCGCUUUGAGAAUGAUAGCUUGCAUACUUUUACUUGAAAUCACCGCAUUUUUACGUGAAACUUAUCAAGCACUACCUAAAUCAAGAACUUCUGGUAAAGAUCGUCCACCACCUUGGGAACGAAUGUAUAGCAAAGAAGCCAACAGACGUUGGAGUAUGGCCUUGUCCAGUAUGGGACACUCACAAACUUCUGCUCAAAGCCUUCAAAGUAUUGCUUGCGAUAAAGACACAGCAGGUCAAGCAGAAAGAAAAAUUAGUUUUGUGUUACAUGAACCCGACAAUGAAUCGGAAGGCAGUAGUAAUACAACAGUUACCAUUCAGAAAAAAAAAGGGAACAGGGCAUCGUCCAUACAACCACAAGGAAGGCCUUUCUUAUUGAGACGAGGUACAGCUACCAAUGCGACAGGUUCAUUUAAAAGAAGAAGUUUAAAAUUAAGAAGAGGAACUAAAGAAGGAGAAAGCGAUUUUAAACGUACGGAUUCGAUACAGUCAAAAAGAAAAGUCAGUUCAUUAAGUGAUAAAAGUGAUAAUUCUGAACCUGGUCCUGCUGGAGAGGCAAGCGGUGAAGAAUCACCGGGAAUAUUAAGUGACGAUCAACCUCCAGAAUCACCAAGUGACAGCAACGAAACGGAUGACACGUCAAAAAAUAUGCCUUGGAUGAGGGUGGUCGUUCAAUUUGCUCAUUCAUUUAAUUUUUUUUGUUCACAUCAAUCGUUUUGCCAUCCUUUUUGCUACAGGAGACAUAUGAGAGCAUGCGAACGACUCAUGAAAGCCGUUCGAAAAGUUUACGGUGAAGAAAGCAAUUUAUUAAAAACAAUGGGAGAUGAAUCCGGUGAAAAGCAACAGGAUAAUAAAAAAGAUAAAUCUGGAAAAGGACGAAAAGUAUCGGAUCAAACAAGCAUUCAAGCAUCUCCCAUCAGAAGAAAAGAUAGCGUUGGUAAAAAGGAUAACAAAUGUAAAGAUUUUGAUCAUGAUUUAGAAAAAAAUGAAGUUAUAAGAAAUUGUGAAAAAAAAGAAAUGAUACCUGAAAAAACUAAAGAAUCAUUGCCAAUAUUAAAAUAUUUAAAAACUCAGGUAAAAAAUGUAUUUCACGCUCCAUUGUCUAUUUUGGUGAAAGGUGCUGUAUUAUUAUCUGAAGAUCUUUUUAUUGACGUCAUUCCUGUUGCCUGGGAAUUACUUUUAGAAUCUGAUCAAGAAGUAGCAGCAGUAGCUGCGAGUCUUUUCAUCUUAUGUUCUGUAAGAGCACCAAAUCAUGUAAGUGAUUUGGUACAUCAUGCGCUCAGCAAUCAGGAAACAUCCACAAGAAUCAAUGCAAUUCUAAGGUUUCAAGUUUUGUGGAAAUUAAGGUAUCAAGUUUGGCCGAGAAUGGAAGAAGGAGCCCAUGUAACUUUUAAAGUACCACCUCCUGGUAUAGAAUUUACACUUCCGAGUCCUAAAAUCGGUAUCGAAAGUUUACCUGUUGUAGAUCCACCUUGGGUUCCUCAAAUUCAAACAAAAGUCGAAGAAGUUACAAUAAGUCAAGAAAGUCAUAGAGCUUUGGUAACGGCAACGAAAACAAGAAAAAAACAACAAACGGAAUUAAUAACUUUGGCUCUUCAAGCACAAGAAGAUAAAAAAAGAGUUGAAAGAGAAAAUUUUUUAAUAACGACCAUUCCAGUUACCGUACAAGCAGCUUAUCAGCCAAGUUUAUUUCAUGCAAUCGGAGAUGAUCACGAUGAAGGAGAUGAAGAUCAAGCGGAAAUAAAUCAAGGACGUAAUGCUUUACAUCAUACAAAUGCCGUACAUUCAUUAUUUCCGUCAUGUUUAUGUUCGGCUGUUAUUCAAAUUAUAUCUUUAUUAGAUGAUGCUGCUGUAUCUUCUGAUGGUAAUGCUGUAUAUGAAGUUGCUUAUUCGGUGAUAUGGAAUUGUUUGGUAGAAGAUUCGGCUUUAUUUCUUCGUUAUAUAUUGGAACGUAUAACCCGGGAAAAACAAGAUCAAAUGUUUAAAAUUUUAAGGCAUUUAAUUCGUUUUGUUCCAAAGUUACCACAGCAAGCAGCUUUUGCUCUUUAUAAUUACAUAAUUGGGUAUGUUAUGUUUUACGUCAGAAGUUCUCACGAAGAAGGACAACAGUAUAUUGGAACUGCUCUAUCUAUUUUAUGGAUGGUUGUCCACAGCGUUCAUGGUAUCAUGUUUAAAGAUUUAAAACAAAUUCUUAGAAAAGAACAAUGCGAUGCUUCUAUUUUACUAACUGCCAAUGUACCAUCGGCUAAAAAAAUUAUUGUACACGGUCCUCAGGAGCAAGAUGCUGGAGGAAUUCCAUCUCAGUUUCCCGUUCAAGAAGAUACUCAAUUUUGUCAAAUACUAAGGGAAUCCCUGGAUUUUUUCGGUGUAGAAGAAAGCAAACACAAAGAAUAUUUUUUAGUUGAUCAUAAGACGAGGCAAAUACACAAUCCAGCAUCGUAUGUGAGAGAUUUUUAUUUUUUUAAAAGAUCUCAAUAUCCGCAAUUAGAAUUAGUUUACAUGAGACCAGAUGAUGCUUUUAAUGGUCUACAAAAACAAGAAUUAAUUCAUAAAUUUGUUGAAAUAGGAAAAGUUUUAUUAACUUGGGCCAUUUUAAAAAAUGUCGAUAUGGUUGUUCAAAGGGUUGUUUUUCUACAUGAAGAAUUAAUGAAAUUACCCUCUUUUCCGAGAAAAGCUCUUGAAACUGAUUUAGAUCUAUAUAAAAAAGGAGAACUAGGAAAGGAACUAUUAGGCCUCGAUGUCUUACAUAAAUUUAUGUGGGUUCGAUUAAUUGCGAGAAUGUUUGAAGCGAUGGCUGGAAAUUUUGCUUAUUCCGGGGACAUACAUUUGUUAUUAAAUGUUUUAAACGGGGCUUUGAUUAUACACAGCGAAGAUUCCUGCAUUUUAAGAUAUGUUAUGGCAACUUAUAUCAACGCUGCUCACAAUUUUAAAAAUAUUUUUUCCACUAACGGGUAUUUAUUGAUAAUGCCUACUCUUUUGCAAAUUUAUUCUAAUCAUCAAAGUAAUAAACUAGUCACCCGAACGGUUGAAUAUUGUGUUAAGCAAUUUUAUCUCAUGAAUAGAAAACCGUUUAUUUUGCAAAUGUUCGGUAGCUUGUCUGCAAUUUUAGACACCGAGGAGGAUGGUCAAUACGGUGAUGCUCACAAGGUACAAGCAAAAUGCUUGUUUCAAUUAUUAUUGAGUUUGGAAACACCUUCUCCAGAUCCGUUAAAUAUUGCAGAAUUGGUUAAAGAAGAAAAACCGUUAAAAGCAAUUGAUUUUUGUUACCACGAUGAAAGUGAAAUGGUUACUGUUUUAGAUUGUAUUUCUCUUUGCAUUAUGGUUAUAGCAUACGCAUCUGAUUCCGUUAGGGGUCAUCAAAUGCUGAUAAUAUUAGAAGCCAUUCUACCUUACUACCUUCAACAAAUACAAAAACCGGGAUAUGAAAAGGAUGGGAAAACAGAAAAAGAAAUAAUUCAACAAUUAGCAGUCGCUAUAAGGACAUUAGUUCACAAUUGCGAAGCUUUGGCAAAAAAUUAUAAUGGUCCUCAACGAUCAAGCCCCGAACAUAAAGGAUCUAGUCAGCGAAAUUAUAGCCGAGGUCCAUACAGUCCUGGUUUUGAAUUUGAAGAUGAUUCACAUUCUAGAUACCUGAGUGAUCACAGUCGAAGUAAAUUACAUUAUGAAAAAGGAGAAAUGGAAGAUUCGGAAAUGUUAAGAAAUGAAUUUCGAAGACCCAGAGACAUUUUAUUAUCCCUUGUGGCAGAUUUUCACACAAAAUGUACUCAAAGGUUGGCUGAAAUUAACAAAAAAUCAGGGUACGAUGGAAAAAACGUUGAAAUUUUUGACUUUAAAUCUCACAUAAGAUUAGUAGACAUUGCUCAUAGUCUUUUAAAAGUGGCCCCUUAUGAUCCGGACACAAUGGGUUGUCGAGGAUUACAAAGAUAUUUCAAUGAUCUUCUUCCGAUGCCAGAAUGGUCAAAUGAUGCGAUGCGUCCAGCUUUAACAACUAUCCUUCGACGUUUGGAAAAAACAUUUAAUAAAAUAUACAAAAAGGCUUCUAUUCGACGUCAUACGGAUUGGGAUGCAGCAGCUGGUCUUUUAAAAGGAGUUUAUGAAAUGCUUUCCCGAUGUCCUUACAUAGUUCACGCACAACAUUUAAAAACACUUAUAAACACAUGUCAAUCAUUAAUCUUGGGAGAUGCAAGUAAUUAUGAUAUUUCGGCCAACGAACCUUUGGUAGUACGAAUAUUAAUGACAAUGGUACCUCCUCCGCAUUUCUGCUCUACUGUCGUUAGACUUAUUGUUCUACAAAUUUUACUUAUGGGAGAAAAUUAUUCACUUGAACAAGUCUGUGGUAAUACUAUAUUUCCAAACAAAAAGAAAACGGAAAGCAUGCUCAUGAAUCUAAUCAUUCCAUUGUGUAUGAGAGUGGGAAGUGGUAGAAAAGAUGCUCUUCAAAUGAGACCACAAGACAUUAGUUUUGCACUUACGGUUGUUCUUCAUUCUAUGUGCCCACCGGCAACAUUAACAGCCCAAAAUAUUAAAUCUUUGUCCGAAAUGAGAUCUGGAAGUUUAGCAGUAGGAAAAGAAACCAAAAAACCAGUUCGAUUACCACAGUCUACUUAUCAGGUGUCAUUUUUAGCCUUAAAAAUAAUAAUGGUUUGUUUUGAAAAUGAUUUGACAAACGAGUGGCACAGAAUAGCCAAAACAGUAAAAGAUGUUGGAAAAAUUAUUGAUUUGGGAUCCGUUUUUUGGAACUUUUUAGAUUUUGUUUCGUCUCAAAGAACUCCACUUUUUGUACUUUUGCUGCCGUUUAUAAAUCAAAAGGUUAGCAGCCCCCCUUUAAAUGAUCAACAGCGUCACAUGCAAUUUGUUAUUCGAGAAAAACUAAAAGGUCACAGUCUGCCAAUUACUAAAUGUCGAUCAGCUUUGCUCAUUGAUUUGGCUCAUGAAAUCAAAGAACUUAAAGAAGAACUGGAAAAUGGAAAAAUAGAAGAUGCAAGAGGAGUCGAUUUGUUAAAUAUAUCUAAUUCUCAAUCUGGAGAUAUAUCAGUGAUUGGUUUAACUAGACAUCAGCAGCGUCCAUCUCUUAUAGGAAAUCUAUUCACAAGUGGAGGAGUUGAAACGAAUUCUAAACACGCUCAAAAUACAAAUGAUUUACCUAUGAAACCAGUACAAAGUCAAAGAAACAGUGUUUCAAGUGUAACAGAAAAAAAACCAGAGGAAUCUGUGACAACAGAUGAGAAUACCGAAAAAACUUCAAAACAGGAAACGGUUACAACAAAAGGAGAAAGUUCAGUUACGUCCUUUAGUCCGGGAAGUCCAAAUGAUGAUAGUUCAGGGGAAACGACAGAAAAACAAAAUGUACCUAGAUUACAAAGAUCUAAAGCGCAAAGCCGAAAAACGUUAAGAUUGAGAAAAAGAGAAAAACAAAGUUACUCAACUCCGGCCACACCUAUUCAAAUUACUCCACAAGCCCAAAAAAUUUUAUUAGAACACCUGAAAGAAGCUAAAUUUAAAGAAAUAUUUACAAAAGAUGAAAAACAAGAAAGGCACAGAGAAAAUACAAAAAAAACACCGACAGAUAAAGGAAAUGGAGAUAAAAGUUCACCUAGUUGUGGAUUUUCAAAUGAAAGAAAAAAACCUGAAGACAAAGCCAGUCGGUCGAAUGAAAGAAGUUACCAAAGCCAAGCACAACAAAAUUUUCCCCCCAAUAAUGUAUUUAAAAAUAAUAAUUUAUUAAAAACGGAAUUAUCUGUGGACGAUGAUACCAGUGCAGUUUCACAAACUUCUAGCACAUCAGGAUAUCGAGAAUCUUGUAGCAUAAUAACAAUGACAAUGGAAAGUCCCACAUUACCUCAUCCAUCUUCAAUAACUACAACUUCACCGGAUUCUUCUUUGACAAGCAUUGAUGGUGAUGAAACAGCUGUUUUAGCAAGAAGUAGCUCAUCCCAACAUUCCUUAAUGAUGUUAUUCGAAACAAAAGAUGAAGAUACAUUAAUUUAA